UAUACAAGUUCUCCUCUGUCAUCUUCUCUAGCUAUUGCUGCAGAAGAGAUUGAUUUUUUGAAUAAGGUCUUGAACCAGAUAGAGAGUAAUUCUAAUGAUGCUAGUCAAGGUGCAAGCAAAUCUCCUAUCUUGGAGGCAUCUACAGAAUGCAAUGGUCUAUUAGCUACUCAAUCCACCAUUGAGCACGGUGAGCCAUGCACUACUGAGCAUAGUGAGCCAUGCACUACUGAGCAUAGUGAGCCGUGCACUACUGAGCAUAGUGAGCCAUGCACUACUGAGCAUAGUGAGCCGUGCACUACUGAGCAUAGUGAGCCGUGCACUACUGAGCAUAGUGAGCCGUGCACUACUGAGCAUAGUGAGCCGUGCACUUCUGAGCAUAGUGAGCCAUGCACUGAAUUGCCCGUUGAUUCAGUAGAUUGUUCAAUUAUCAGUCCAGUUCAUUCAUCUCUAGCUGCUCCUACGGGUUUACCAACUAGCCUAGGGGAAUUUUCUGAUAACCCUGCUAAUGAAUCUAUUACAUCUGUUGAGUAUGUUCCGGCAAUACCAGUAAAUCUUUUGUUGGUAAAGGAGGAGCCUGUGGACUUCAUUGAAAAUUCUCCCUCUGAGCUGAUUAGUCAUCCAUUUGAAAUUGUUCCUAUUAAGGAAGAACCUGGCUUAAUUGAUAUAGAAACAAGUAGCAACAUGAGCUCUUUUGAUAAUCUUGUUGUGAAGCAGGAGCUUGGUUAUGAAGGUUCAUCACAAGCAUUUGAAGUUAGAUUCAGAAUAGAUGAAACUGUUACAACCUACAGCCGAGAGCAACUGCAUGCUGCUAAGCUCAUCUCUCAGUCAACUCUGGCACAAGUAGUUGACAUGGCAAUGUUUGAUGGAGUUCAGAAAAGUAUGCCUAGAGUGCAUAUUCCAUCUUUGGAUAGCAGCAUACAUGAUAUCAAAAACUUCCCUGAAGAAGAUCAAGAAAUAGUGCAACAAUUUUGUCAAACAUAUGGUAGUUCAAUUUCAUCAUGGAAAAGACAUUUCAAGAUGAGAAAGCAUAAGAAAAACAAAGAGUACAUGAAACAUGGUGCUAAUAACAAGAAUGAUGGGCCAAAGGCUAAGGCAAUAUCUGGAACAUCUGCAAGGAAACAAACUGCUAAACAGAAGAAUAAAUCCAAUGUUUUUCUAGGAGGCCCUUUAGAUCAACAUGUUGACGGUGCUCCUAAGGAGGGAACAGCCAAUAAAGAUCAAGUUUUACAUUUAUAUGAAGAUUCUGUAUCAUCUAUUUCUCAAGACAUUGUAUUUGUUGCAACUAAAAGGGGACCAAAGCCCAAGGGUUCCAAAAAAGAGGCUCCCAAAAAGAGUCGCACAAAUUCAGAAAAUAGCUCUGGUGCAUUUAUGGCAUCUGCAUGCAAUUACAAAAAGCUCAGCCAACUUGAUGUUCCUGGCACCUCCAUGACAGGUGAAAUUAGUUUAAACUCUCCAUCUUCUAAUAAACACCAGAUCCAGACCCAUCACGCUGAAAAAAAAUCCAAGACCAAAGGAAGAAAAUUGAAAAGGGAAUCCAAAUUUGACUCAAAUGAGAAAAACACUUCUUUGGCAUCAUCAUCUGAACCUGGAUGCAGUGGUGUUUAUCUUGAAGCAACUGUGCAACCAAAUGAGAAACAGACUAGCUUGGAAGCUGAAAGUGAAGCUCUUGUUCCACUAAGUGUUGUGAACUGCAAAGAUGACCAUACCAAAACUGUUGCUAACAGUGGAGAUCACUUGUCUUUAGAGAAAAGUUUUAAUUCCCAGCCAUCACCUCCAACUAAUGAUUCCAAUCCUUCUCAUGAUAACGCUCUUAGUGGUGUUGGAGAUGAUAAAUUUGCAGCAACUUCUGACCUCAAUGCCCAAGAGAGUUCCAUGAAAAUUGAACUUUCAGCGAAAACUGUUGAGGAAGAAGCAUCUUGUAAUGAAAGACAACAUAAAGAACGUGUGGAAGUUAAGGGUAUAAAAGAUGAUAUGCUGACUGAGAAAUUGUCGAAUAACUGCUCAAUUAAUUUUACAAAAUUACUUCUGGAGCAUAGGAUUGCCAAUUGUGUUGUUAAAUUGCGUAAUGUAGCUCAUAGAAGAAAGUAUAAGAAAAUGGUGAUCAAAGAGAUGAAACGCCUUAAACUUGGUUAUCACAUUCGAGCUAAAGAUGACUCAUUGAAAAAUUCUUCAUACUCAAAAUUGAAUUGUCCAGAAAAGAGUGAAGUUGAUUGCAUUCCAAAGACAAAGAAAGAAAAGACAAUUUGUGAAAAGUCCAAGGGAGAUUUAUCUGUGAAGGGAGAUUUGCCUGUGAAGACUCUCAAAAAUGUCCCUGAGCCUUCAUCAUCAUCAUCUAAGGCAAAGCCCAACAAAAGUAUAUCUCUCAUUGAGGCUAUGGAAAGUAUGUCCCGUGAUAAGGCAAAUGUUAAAGAAAUAGUAAAUAAUGUCACGCGGAAAGAAAAAAUUGCAGAAAUUAGUAAGAAGCUAUCCAAAAAAUCCAUUACUCCAAGUUCAGAAGCACCUGAAACCAGCACUUCUCAGGAUGGUCCAUCAGUUAAUGCUUCUCUCUUGUCUGGCUUCAAAAUACCAAAGAAGAAGCCUGAGGCCAAGACAUCUGCUCCUCUUCCUGCUCUCAACCGUCACCUCCCGCCUCUCAACACAGCACAUUUGAAGGAGGUGCCCAAAUCUUACAAGGAAUGGAGACAGCUUCGUGAGAUGCAAGCUCAUGUUCCUCCUUCACGGUCACCACUGGACAAGCCUCCACCAGUUAAAGCUGUUAUUGAGGGAUGGUCGAAACGUUCACGACCUUUCAAUAAAACUCAUGGCCAUGAAAUGCGCCAUGAAGCAAUGAACACAAUGAUUAAACCAUUGACGCCAACAAUAGGAUUUGGAAAGGGCGACAAGACUAAUGCUGAUCCUCGGAAUAAUUGUACCACUGGAAUAAUGACUUAUAAUGUGUUCUCAGAGGCAACUAUGCCGCCCACGUUUCCAAAGCAUGCAGCUGCUUGCUCCCAUCAUGAAGAGUUUGACUCGCAUAGUAGCCAGUUAGAGAUGUUCUCUGGCGAUGAUAGGGCGCACUCGUCCAGCCCAGUUUCAGCAAUGGAAAAAUAUGAUGCCGACAAUUCCUUAAGGGGAACACCUCACCCAGCAAUUGUAGCAAGCCAACAUCAAGCAACUGUCACUGGUAACAUUUCAACUUCCACAUUGACUCCAAGUCCUUGUGCUUCAUCAGUUUCACUAAGCGCCCAAAGUGAUGGGAUUAAUCGUGAUUCUAUCAUCAAAGUGAUGGACUCCUUGGAUAGGAAAGGUAGGAUUAAGUACUUUGAAACCUUGAAAAAGAAGUACUAUGACACCAAAUCUUUGUACAUUAGUGAACCUGGAAAUCGAUCUUCUAGUUCCAGGAAACGCAAAAUUCAUGAACUUUUUUCUGAAAUCAGAGAUGAGUUUUACACUGUCAAAGAUUAUUUGUACAAGCUGAAGAAGCAAAAAACAGACUCAGGAACCGCUCAAAAUGUUGGUAUGACCAAAUUACUUGAAAGUGCUCAAAAAUCUACUGAGCACCUUCAGAAGGAUGAAAGGUUUGCCAAAAGACUGCAUGGAAGCAACACAAGAUCUGAACUUUCAAGUGCUUGUUCUCAUACAAUAGAUCAUUCCGAUACUGAAUCAAAUACCUUCAAUGAUGAUGCACCCUACUCGCCUGGUGAAGUCCCAUACUCACCUCCCGAUGAGAUGGGAACUUGGGACACAAGCUUUGCAUCUGGUUCAUCUGAACAGAAAUCUACAGCAAAGAGUCGACAAUUACCAGAUCAGUGCUCAUCCAUUGGAGAGGAUAAUGAUGAUGGUAAGGAUAUCUUAGAUUUUGUUGACAUCAUCAUGAAAACUGUAAACCCAGAAGAAGAAAUAAUGGAUGGGUCAUCAUGGUCACUUUCAGAUCAGGAAUGUGGCAUGAUGAAAUCUGAGAAUAGAAUUAAUUCAAAGAGGACUGAAUAUGAUCCAAAUUUAGUGAUACCUCUGGCAUUGAGAAGUGUGAAACCAAACCAGAAAAUAUGUGAGGGUGAUGUUGAUUCAUAUUGUGUGAGAAAUCCUUCGCCUUUGCAAGAUGAGACAACAUCCCCUCCAACAUGUUCAAAUUUCAGAAAUGAGUUAGAGCCAACAGAAAAAAUUGCCACGUAUCAGUUAUCACCUUUGCGAGAUGAAUCCCCGAAUGGUUUUGAUAGCCCAUGGACAACACCAGUCUCUACCACGAAAAGAAGCCCUGGGUAUGACACAGCAGUUGUAUCAACAGCAAUUAUUCAAUCUUCUCCACUGAGAAUAUCAACCACCACUUCAUUUCUUCCUCCACUUUCUGCAGAUAUAGCCUCAGAAAGAAAAGAAAUGAAUUUAUUUCCCUUGUCUUCUUGUUUCAAUGCAUCUCCUGAACUGGUUGACAAUAAAAAAUCCAAUUCGCAAAUUCAUCAUUUAGCGUUGCAUCAAAAUUCUUUGCGCUCCAAACUUCCCGAGCCUCUUCGUGAGGCCACAUCUUAUGAUGUUAGGUCUAGCAAAAAUAUUGUAGUACUAUCUGACUCUGUGAAGGAGUCUCUCAAUAAUUUUAUCGAGACUACUGAUGUUGCAAAACCGCAAGACUCAAUUCCUUCAGCAUUAGUUGCAAGUACUCAACAAUCAACAAUCAUUGCGAAUUCACAGCCAAGUCUGCAAGAGCAUUCAAGCCAGAAGUCUUCACCUUGUCGUCCUCCAUCUGGGACAGGAUCCAGAGAUGGUUUACCAAAAGAAGUUCCGCCGUAUAGCCGCGACAGUUGCAAGUUACUCGAUCCAUCCAAAGAAACCUCAGCAUCUUUCAAUGUUGCCGGACUUGUGUUGCCUCAUCUUAGUCCCCAACCAACGGAAACGAUGGUUUCACCUUCAUCAGAGCCAUGCAGUCAAACUCGUCUCUCAUCAGCGCCAGUUUUGCCUUUGCCGUCAUCAGAAAUAUCACCAAGUCCAGCGAAGAACGAAUUGCCGGCUUCAUUGAAGAGUCCUCUUCCAGCUUCAUCAGAUAUUCUCUCAUCAUCCGUCUUGCCUCCUCCUGCUACUUCUCCACAUCCAUCAGCUGCUCAUCCUCCACUUUAUUCUACGGCUCCUACUCUUCCUUCUGCCGCUCCUACUCUUCCUUCUGCCGCUCCUACUCUUCCUUCUACCGCUCCUACUCUUCCUUCUACCGCUCCUACUCUUCCUUCUACGGCCCCUACUCUUCCUUCUGCCUCUCCUACUCUUCCUUCUACCACUCCUACUCUUCAUUCUGCCUCUCCUACUCUUCCUUCUACCACUCCUACUCUUCCUUCUGUCUCUCCUACUCUUCCUUCUACCGCUACUACUCUUCCUCUUGUCGCUCCUCCAAUCCCAUCAGUUACUCCUCCUCUCCCGUCCACUGCCAGUCCAGCGCUACCAGCGAGUGCUCCUUCACUCCCACUGACUGCUCCUUCACUCCCAUCUGACCUUCCGGUUAUACCAAAUUCUACAAUUCCUUUUGAUUCUCGUCUUCCUUUAGAACCUCCUCCUCCCCUUCCAUCUUGUGCUCCACCUCCAAUUCCAUCAAAACCACCAAGUUCACCAUUUCAGCUCUCCAAUCCGCCACUUCCAUCAGAUUCUCUCCCGCCACUUCCAUCGGAUCCUCCUCCUCCACUCCCAGCAGAUCCUCCACUCCCAGCGGAUCCUCCUCCACUUCCAUCAGAUCCUGCCCCUCCACUUCCAUCAGAUCCUCCCCCUCCACUCCCAGCGGAUCCUCGUCCUCCACUUCCAUCGGAUCCUCCCCCUCCACUCCCAGCGGAUCCUCGUCCUCCACUUCCAUCAGAUCCUCCCCCUCCACUUCCAUCGGAUCCUCCUCCUCCACUCCAAUCAGAUCCUCCACUCCCAGCGGAUCCUCCACUUCCAUCAGAUCCUCCUCCACUCCCAUCGGAUCCUCGUCCGCCACUUCCGUCCGAUCCACCCCUUCCAUCUAACUCUGUCAUUGCAUCAAAUCAUCCUCUUGUAUUGGAUCCUCCUCCACUGCCGUUCUAUCUUCCGCCUUCAGAACCUCUACCAGUCAAACCUGCCAAGCUUCAAGAAGCUUCACUGACAUCAAAUGUUCACACUCGGUCAACUGUAGCCUGUCCGUCUCCUAGUUUCACGUCUGAUACAGUUUCCAAUCCUUGGACAAGUUCGACUUUAGUGUCUUGGUCGGGAGCGGGGGCUACCCAGCCUGUGUACUGGUCAAAACCUUCAACUUGCCGUCACCCAUACGAUGAGAUACCUGAUGACAAUGUGCUGGUACCUCCUAAUACAAUGUCACAGUCAUCGUCAUGGCAGUCUACCUCACGUGUUACAACGGAAGUAGCACGUCCUGUCGAAAAUGUAUCAUACGAGCCAAAACGUAUUGAUGUUAAGAUAAAUGAAGAGAAAACUAAUUCUAAUACCGAACUAUUUAAAUGUAUGCCUGUAGACAAGGGUGAUGAAAGCUCUUGUGUUCAGAAGCCGCAUUGCUGGGGAAAUACAAAUCCCCUGCCUGAAAACAAAUAUGAGGAUGACGCUAGUUUCUUAGCAACAUUUGGAAUUAUAAUUGAUACUUCAGAUAAAAUUGUGGAGCAGAACAAAGAAAACUUUCUGCAUCAAGAUCAAGUCCAGCGUAACUAUCCAAGAGAUCCCAAAAGAAAUGAAUGGGGGCUCUGCCCUUCUCCAAGCAUCAGUUCUGACGUGUAUAAAACCCCAUGGACGAAGAACUCGGGCCUCUCAAUGACGGAAAUUCUCAAGCAGCUUAUGCCCAAGAAAAAGGAUAUUUUUGCUGGGGGUGACGUUUCGAAGCACUACCGAGUCACUCCUCUAGCACAAGCUUUGCUGGAUAAACAUGACAUUCCUUUUGUGGGGCUUCAGUAUGUCGUUGAAGUGCAGCAAGCUAACAACCCUCACCUGGACUCGAGCUACUACGUGUGUGCGCUGUGCAGCAAGAAGAUGUCCUCCAAGACUCUCGUGGCUCACAUCAAGAGUGUGCCGCACCGCCUCAAGUUCACCGAGCACCACUGCCCCAAGCUCCACGCCAAAUACGGCGCCAUACAAAUCAAGGAGUGGACGGCUGCGCUCGUACUGGAGUUCUCCGAAGAGAUGGUCAAGGUGUCGAAAAGUCUGGGGGAGUUCCAGAUGGCUGUGUGUGAGGAACCAGACAUGAACGCAGUCAUCCCCGUCAUCAAGGAAAACAUCGGCAACCUCGACAAAUUCAGGAGCUUCAUGGGAGUGAGUGACAAGCCACAGACAAGCAGCUCUGCUUCAGGGGCUCGCGGCAAGGACGAGAAAGUUUCCGGGCUACCUGAUUUCCUGAGGCAAAAAUUGAAGCAAGGCCUCAAGCGGGACACCCCUUCUCCUGCUGUCGCCGGCGUGGCAGGGCGUGACAGGUCCCCGUCACUACCUGGCCGUGAUGGUCCAUCACCCAAGAAACUCAGGCCGUCGAGCAGCGGCUCUGCGUGUGGCGGCGCCUGGAGCCACCGCGGCUCGCGCUCACCUCACCUGCUGCGACACGCCAGCCCCGGCAGAUCUGAUAGCCGAUUUGGAGGCGACAAAAGUGCUGCCGUGGCAGCAUUCAAAAAAGACUUCGAUAAUUUCUACAGUCGGCACGUUGAAAGAGAGAUGUACUACGGAAAGAACCCUGAAAGUCAUCCCGAGUACUCGUCCGAAUGGAAGAUGUUCUGGGAGCGACGCUAUCAGGAGCUAGCGGCCAAAGGUCUGGACCCCAAUAAACACGACUUCAAACCUGAAUGGGCAAUUUUUUGGAGUGAUAGGAUGAAAGAUAUUUUCAACAAUUUGGUAGAAAACAAAAAAGAGGCUCUGUUAAGAAAGCAUAAAAUACACAAGGAAGACCUAGAAGAAACAAAGCGACCUAUUAGUCCGUGGGAAGAAUCAGAACUCAGAGAUUCUUCCGAUCACAGGUCUGAUCUCUCAGUUAUUGGCGCUCUGCGAGCACUAGUCAAAGUAGAAAAAUUGCUGGGUGCUUUCGGGCCCGCCAUCGGCACUCUGUUGAUGACAGCUACUUCCAACGAAGCUAGAAACAUUAAAUCUUGGGAUCUAUUCGAUGAUAGUGAUAAUGUAACUCUUAUUAAAUUAAGUCUUGAUAAACUGAGUUCGGAAUCUAUUUUUGGAGGAGCGGCUUUAAAUAAGCUUCGCUUGAAUGCAAUUGAUUGUGCUAAAUGGUUGCUUGCUCAAGUUAGUGAGCAUAAGCCACAAGAAGCGUAUCUGGGGCUGGAUAUUAACCAAUUAGCCACCAAGACUUUGGGAAUGGAUACUGUGCAGAUAGCACAAGAAAUCGCUCUGUGUUUAUUAAAAGUUGGCAAAUCAAAUGUAUCUGAAGCUGAUUUGCAAAAGAUACUUAUUGCUGUCUCAGCCUCGCAUGCGAGACUUCUUAUCGAAAAACAGACAAUAGAAAAAGAUAGAGCACACUUGGAGCCACCUUCAACUAGUUCAGCACCUGAAGUCCAAGAAAGUUCGAGUACCAGAAAGCCUCUUUUCCCAUCGGCUGCUGCUGUUCUGCGAAAAACGAACGAAGAGCAGUCCUCAAGCAGAGCGAGUGAUUCGGGACCGAUUGCUGAUAAAGGUAAAUCAGGAAAUGAACUUUGUAAGUCGUCCGGCGCAUUAGGCCAGCUCAUGAGUGCUUAUGAUGAUGAAGAGCAGCCUGUCAGAGACAUGGAAAAGCUGUCACUGGACGACCUUGUAAACUUGCUUUCAAACUUCAAGGACUUGAGUGUUGAAGAACAGCGAGCAUUGACAGCUUACUUGAAAAGGCUGGAAGCCACUGAUUCUAAAAAAGUUACAAAGUUGAGGGAAAUGGUUCAAAAAAAGAGAGAAAUGCCAUCCCCAAAAAGCGAAAGUCUUGACUCAUCGUCUGCUGUUGAAAAUGGUGGGCUUGAUCGAAAAGAAACUUCCAAGUUUUCAGACCAAACUGGAGCCAAUGUUUCGUUAGAAAAACGGUCCAACGAGUUGUCAUCCAAUGAAAGGCGACCUGAUUCUAGGCAAGGUAACUCGCCCGCUGUUAUUGAACGCAAACAAAAUUUGCCCGGGCUUAAUAUUCGGAAAGAUGAUUCGAAUCAACGUUUUGACUCAGAAUCCGAUAAUCGUUUACCACCUCAAUGUACUGGGUCUGAUGUUACUCAGGAUCCACACAAUGAUCAUCUGAUGCUUUCUCGGGAGGAGCUUCCUCUUCAUACUCGCGAUGGACCAAUUUCGCUUCGUCGAGAUGACUCUACUUUCCAUACUGGAGAUGGAAUCUCUUCUCGUAAUUAUGAUGGACCUUCAUUCCAUCCUCGUGAUGGGCCUCCAAUUCAUCCUCGUGAUGGGCCUCCACUUCAUCCCCGUGAUGGGCCUCCACUUCAUCCUCGUGACGGGUUUCCACUUCAUCCCCGUGACGAGCCUCCACUUCAUCCCCGUGAUGGGCCUCCAAUUCAUCCCCGUGAUGGGCCUCCAAUUCAUCCUCGUGAUGGGCUCCAAUUCAUCCUCGUGAUGGGCCUCCAUUUCAUCGCCGUGACGAGCCUCCACUUCAUCCCCGUGAUGGGCCUCCAAUUCAUCCCCGUGAUGGGUUUCCACUUCAUCCCCGUGAUGGGCCUCCACUUCAUCCCCGUGAUGGGCCUCCACUUCAUCCCCGUGAUGGGCCUUCACUUCAUCCCCGUGACGGGCCUCCACUUCAUCCUCGUGAUGGGCCUCCACUUCAUCCCCGUGAUGAGCCUCCAUUUCAUUCUCGUGAUGGGCCUCAACUUCAUCCCCGUGACGGGCCUCAAUUUCAUCCUCGUGACGGGCCUCAACUUGAUCCUAGUGAUGGGCCUCCACUUCAUCCACGUGAUGGGCUCUCACUCCACCCUCGUUAUGGGCCUCCAUUCCACUCUCGUGAUGGGCCUCCACUUCAUCCCGCUCUGGCUGUUGAUGUCGAUUCUACGCAUGAGCUCCUUGAGUAUUCUCGGGAUGGGCCGUUUCCUCAUCCCCGGGAUAGAACGUUACAGAGUCCUCGACUCCCCUUGCACCCUCGGGAUGGACCUACUGAGCUUGUCUUGGAGUUGCCACGUCCUCGUGAUGUACCUCCAUUUGAUUCAAGGACGAAUGUUCGAAUGCGCCUAGGAGACAGGCCUGGGGUAUAUUCACCAGAAAGACAACCAUUGCAUCAGCAUGAAAGCAAAUCAUCACAUCACAGCCGAGACGCACCAACUGGACUACAUGGCCACUUGAGGGAAGAUGAACGUUACAUAAAUGACAUUAGAAGAGAUAUAAACUAUCCCAAUCAACGAUAUCAAAAUGACCCAAUUGAAGGUACUUGUGAUUCUCUGAGGCGCAGGAUAAAUCAGGAUAAUGAGCUGCUUGAUCAUUUUGCCCGUGAUCGUACUUUAGAGCGCUCUGUUGCAGAUGAUCACAUUCGUGCUGGUCACAUGAGGCCACUGGGUCCACCAGUUACGAACCGAGAUCAUCGUGAAGCUGAAGAAUUCGUUCGUGGUCCUACCAAUUUUAUAGGUCGUGGAGAUCCUAGAAUGAAUCCUUUGCGGCAUACAAUCGCGAGACCGGAUACUUAUGACAUUCGUGUCCAAAACCCAGCUUCUUUGGAAUUGGAUCGUGACCGCUUACGAUACUUACCUAACGCUCGAGAUGGUCCUCAAAGUGACCAUCCCUUUGACAGGUAUGUAAUGAACAGAGGAGCUCAUGGUGCCUCCAAUAGUGGCUCACCGAAGGCAUGGAGUCGAUCAAUUCAUCCUCAGAGGCGCUUCGACUCUCCUCCGUAUUAGUGCUUUUUUUUUCGGCGCAGACCUACACCUUUAGCUGCCAAAUCAAGUUAUUGUAAAUAUAAGCCUGGAUUUUUGCAUGUAUUUUUGAAUAAGUUAGUCGCAAAAUGGCGAGUUGUACAAUUUCAAACUGUACACGAAUCUUUCCAAUAACGAACUUGACGUUCGAUGGUUGGAGCAUUUGAAAUCAUAGUAAAUGACCUAAUAGUUUUCGGUCAUUUGUACCAUCAAGAUUCAUCUGUUUGUGCUCGAGUUAUAGCCGUGUUCUCACGAUUGUACUCGACUUUAUUUCUGUGAAUAAAUCAAGGGAAAUUCACUGUUUUACUAUUCCACUUCUUUACAGAACCUUAAAAUGUUGGAAGAACUAUUUGCGGCGGGUUUUUAGUUUAUUUUCAAGCGCAUUAUAAUAUUUUUCAAGCGUACUUGAGAAUAUUGCAGAAGUGACCCACAUUGUCCAUGUAUUGAAUCUACGAUCGAUGUUUUCAAUUGUAUCUACCGUUUAAUGAGCAUGUUUUGGCAGUUUAAUACAAUAUGAGUGUUGCUAAGAAAAACUGCCAUCGAAUUCAUUCAAAAUGGUGUUUUCUACCCAAGCUAGCGGAAAUCCUCUUAAAUACUGUAGACAACAUUAAUAUCCUUGAUAUUGUAUCAUACUUCCCAAGGACCAUAUUCUUCGAUUCUGUGAUAUCUGUCUGUAAUGGGAUUGUUUUCUGAGUAUCAAACUUUUGAUGCUUAGUGAUCAUGGUAAAUUUGUUCUGUACUCAUGCCAACUAAAAAUAAGAGGCAUGUUACGAAUAAAGGAAUCAAACUUAUGGUCUGGUUAUAGACUUAUGUUAUAUUUUUUUUUAUUAACCUAAAUAUGUCCGUAUUUGAGAACGCAUGCGCACCAUGUCCCGAAGCCGCAUUACACAUUUUCUAAUUUUAUUUUGUUUCGCACGUUUUUCGUCUGAAUGAUUUGGAACAGCGAUUUCGAUGGGAGUUAUGCUUUUAAGUCAUUGGUGUUCGUACGAGCUGAAACUCUGCUGGAACGUUUUCUUUUUGUCAAACAGCCUCGAGUUUUCAAGUCUUAGGAGCGAAGACGAUCGAAUGAACUUCAACACUAUGAUUUGGGUUCAAGGUUUCAUGAAAAAUGCUUUGAAAGAUGAAAAAAUAAAAGUAGUUAUUCGGGAAAAGGGCCUCGCUUCAUUCUCGUUAAUUCGGGAAUCUUGGCAAAAGGAUUGAAUUUUCCAUCGUUAACUUUUCUAACGAUUCCAAAGCUUGUGUCACUUCUGAUUUCUUGUGUGAGAGGCUUAUUUCAAUAAAAUUUGAUAAACGAAUUA